CUCGUCACGUGGGCUCUCAGUGUAGCCCGUCCCGCCCUUCCCGUCACGGGGCUCGGAAUCCGUCCCGCGCGCGCUUUUCUGUUUUGCCCAAUGGGGACCCUGCCGCGCGCCAAUUUCUGACAGGGCCUCGCUGAGCGGUCGAAAGAGCCGAGGAAGAAUGUCUCUCGUGGCGACCACUCCGAGGAUCUUCUGCCGGCGCUGAGGGAUCUCGGCGGCUGUUAACAGGGAAGCGGAUGGUGGGGCCGGUGGCCAUGGCCGCGGCGGCGGCGGCGGCGGCUUCCCCAACCGACAAGGACGGGGAUUCUCAGCCAUAUAAAAAGCGGAGAGAAGACGAUUCUUCUGUUAAAGCAAUCACAAACUAUUUUUCACCAUUAUCAAAAAACAUGGAUAAAGUGUUGUCACCACCAAAACCUAACAAAAUAAUGGAUUACUUUAAAAAAACCUCUCCUUUUAACGACAGCAUUGCUUCACCUGUGACAGAGAAGGAAAGGAAGACAAGUUUAUUCUCUCUGGAAAAUUAUUCAAAACCUUUGACAAAACUGAAGAGGAGAGGAAAGAGAUGUAAUUUAAAUAAUAAAUUAAAGCAUAUGAGAACCCUUGAGCAUGAUACUGUGAAUGAAAUUAAUAACGAUGACGGAGAAGAAUGCAGCCUGAAGGAAGAGAACUUGAAAACUAAUUUAAUUGAUCAAAAUGCUGCUGAAUUACUUGACCCUAGUGUGGAGGGAAUGUUAAAUAAUUGCAGCAAAAAUCUUUCUAACACUGUCAGUCUCAAAGAUGAAGAAAUAAAACAGAAACUAGAAGAAAAACCGGUAAAUACUAACUUUCAAAGACCUAAAAAAAGGAAGCAUAAGAACGAGACAGAAGUCCCUGCAAAUUUUAUUUCUGAAACUCAGUUGAGUGAACAGUCUAAAGACGUUGAGGAGAGGCAACUUGUUUCUACAAGUGAGCCUGAAAAUAAAAAUGUAGAAAGUAUUUUGGGGCUGGAGAGAAAUACGCAUGAGACACUACGGUUAAAUGACAGUACUGUGACCGUGUCAUUUGAAGACUUUGUAAAAAGCCAAAGAGAAAGUAAAGUUGAUCAAAUUUCCGAAGUCCAAACACCCAACAGUUCUGUUGCUCUCGGUGAAACCGCCAGCUCCCAAAUGCCUCAGUUGUUGCCACUUAAGAAAGUAACUGUCCUCGCAGAGAUUCAUCCUGUUCCUCCAAGAUCGUUUCCUUCCAGAAAAAUAGCCUCUAUCUUUUUAAAACACAGAACUAAAGCAGCUAAAACACAAAGUCGCCUCUCCGCUCCAGAAGUGGAGUUUAAUGAGCAAAUGAUCCAGAAAAGGAAAUCUAAUGUCGUGAUAGCAGAGGAAGAAUUAGAGUUGGCUGAAUUGGAAACUCCAAGUUCAGCGAAUGCAAAGACAAAAUGCACCACAGAAGAAAGAUACCAGUUCAUGAAGGCUUUUAGACAACCAGAAUUAGAUACAGUAAAAAAUGGAACGAAGAAAGCACCUGCUAAACAGAAGGAAGUGGGAGAAAAUCCUUCAAGAGUCAAAGUAGAAAUAGAAGAAAGUGGGGAGGCUUCGAACAAGAAACUGGAAAAUGAAGUUCCAGAAGAUUAUGUUGGCGGCGAUUCUCUUAAUACUGGCAAAAAUCUUACUGCUCGAGUGAAAAAUAAAAAGCUCAGUAGGAAACGGGUGAUGUUGGAAACAAAAGGGGAAGAUGUAAACGUUAAUGAAAACCAGGAUGGUAAUGCUGAUUGUCAAACUAAAGUAGCAACCUCGGUGGAGACGCAGAGCAAAUUGCCUCAGGGUGAGUUGAGAAGAAGUCCACGGCAAAAGAAAAGUGAAGCUCCUAUGAACAUUACACCAGAAAAAGGGGGCGUUUUCAAGGCUGCUGCUGAAGAUACAUCUGGUGGUAGCCCUUUACAAUCUUCUACUCCAAAAGCAAACAAUAAUUCCUGCAGUAAGAGUGACCUGUAUAAGGCUGAGAUGGUUACUGAACUCUUUGAUUCGAAGAGCCCAAUAAGGAUGAAAUUCACUAGAAUUAGUACCUCUGAAGGAUCUUCACAACAGAGUCCAAAGAUGAAUGCUGCUUGUAAUAUAUCCAAAGCAAAAAAAUUGAUUGAGAAAGCAAAGGCUCUUCAGCAUAACAAGGCAAGGACUAUGGAAGAGACAUCACGCACACCUCUAAGGCGUUCUUCUAGACAGCAGGCUCUUGCUGAAAAGAAAAAUCUACAAAAUUUAGAAGAAUCUGUGAUCAUUUUGGAUUCAAGUCUGAGCAGUGUUCCUACUGUAUUGGGAGUCGUGGAGAAGCAAAAGAGUCUUCAAAAUUUGAACGAUGUUUUGGGGAAAAAGGCUGGAAAUGCAAAGACGACCAAAAAAUCAAAUGGCAAAGAAAAAGUGUCUUCGUUAAUCAGGAAAAAAGUUCAGAAGCCUGUAGCCAAAGCCAUCAUGAUUUCUGAUGAAAGCAGUGAAGAUGAAUCUGAAAACUCUCAAGAUGACGAGCAGUUCAAAGCAAGACGUACCUUUUUGAUGAGUGGCCUGCCAGAGUCGCUGAAAAGGCAAAUUGCAAAGAAAGCAGCCACUUUGGAAGCAUAUUCUGCCAGUGAUUCCUGUUUCCGAGCAGUGGUCCACGUGCAGCAGGAGGAGAAGGGGUACUUGAUGUGGAGGUUAACCCCACCCUCUUGCCCUCUCUUAACUAACCUAAGAGAGAAAUUGGAAGCAAUUGACAUUGCACAGCGAACUUUCUCACUUGGUGAAUUCUCAGUUUUGAAAACACAGUCUAAUUGCACUGAUUCUGCAGCUAUUAUGCCAUCUGGUUGGCGACCAGCUCUUUCUGAAGCGCUGAGGAAUUAUUUAUUGGAAGACGUAAAGGCUUCUAACCCCCAGUUUCCUGCAAAAAGAUUUUUUGAUCUACUCUUAAAAAAACAAACUAUUCCUGAAAAUAAUAAACAAGUAAACAAAUGUGAAACUAUAAUCAGGACCGAUGUAAAACCUGGCAAUCAAAGAGAGGACAAAAAAAAACGGAAAACUGAAGACUGUAAACACAAAAGAAGGAAACAAGCAGAAAAAGCAGAUGCAAAACCGUCUGACUCAGUUUCCAAAGAACUGUGUGAAACCCAAGCAAGCAUGGAAAAUAAAAUCCACACGGUAGACUCUGAGGAGACUGACGUACCUGAAAUUAUAGCAAUAGAAGAUGAUGCUGUGAACAAGGAAAUAAUUUCUGUUUCUGAUUCUGACAGCGAAGAUGUACUCUGGACUGAGAAAUACCAACCACAGAACUCGGAUGAGCUUAUAGGCAACACUGCAGCAAUUAAAAAACUACACAGGUGGCUGAGUGAAUGGAAGAAAAGGGCUUAUUUGGAAGAAAACAGAGCCCAAAAGGAAGAAAAAUGUGGUAGUCAGGAAGAAUCCUUGGACAGCAUGGAUUUUAAAGAUGACAAAUCGUAUAGCGACGGAGAGACAGAUCUGUGCAAUACCAUGCUGCUAAGUGGACCAUCAGGUGUUGGAAAGACCGCAGCUGUUUAUGCUUGUGCGCAAGAGCUUGGCUUCAAGAUCUUUGAAGUCAACGCUUCUUGCCAGCGCAGUGGGAGGCAAAUACUUUCUCAGCUGAAGGAAGCCACUCAGUCUCACCAGGUGGCCAAACAAGGUGUGAACAGCCAUAAGCCCUGUUUCUUUAACAGCACCAAAUCUCCAAGAAAAUUCUCUCCCAGAAAGGAAUGGUCUCCAAAGAAGCUUCCAGGGUCCCCUAGAAAAGCUGGAUUAAAGCAAGGCUUGGCAUCCAAAACGUUGACAAGCUAUUUCAAAGUCUCUUCCAAGGAAGGAAAAGCACAACGCGUGGAAAACAACAAAGAAAGAAAGGAAAUGUUUAUUGAAGACGAAGUUCAGAUAAUAUCAGUGAAAAGGGGAACUGGAGAAGAGGAAUCCAGGAAAAAAAGUGCAACUUCUCUCAUCCUUUUCGAAGAGGUUGAUAUAAUAUUUGAUGAAGACGUUGGAUUUCUAAAUGCAGUAAAGACAUUUAUGGCCACUACUAAGAGACCUGUUGUUCUUACGACUAAUGAUCCAUCGUUCAGUUUAAUAUUUGAUGGCUUGUUUGAAGAGAUCAUCUUUACUGUUCCUUCUCCGGUCAAAAUUGCUAGCUACCUCCAAGUGCUAUGUUUGGCCGAGAACUUACAAACAGAUGUCGACGACUUUGCCGCUUUGCUAACUACGAAUCAUUGUGACGUCAGACAAAGUAUUCUCCACUUGCAGUUCUGGGUUAGGAGCGGAGGUGGCUAUCUGAAAGGGAAAAAUACGGGGCUUCAUGGAGACAAUAAGGCACAUGGCACGGAACAGAUUGCUUGCGCUGAUGGUCUUGCUGGCUCUGAGAUGGCUGAACUGCGUGUCUUAAAAAUGCCGAAAUGCGACACUGGCUGCAUUGAAACUUUGCUUGGCCUGAAGAACAUUUUUCUGCCUUCAGAAGACUUGCUCUCAUUUCUGAAGCAUGAUAUCACAUCCAAAGAAGAAUGGAGUAAGCUGGUACAUCUCCUCACAGAAUUCCAGAUGAAGAAUAUAGACUUUAUUUAUAGCAAUCUUGAGCUAAUUUUACCAUUACCAGUCGCUGUGCUUUCAGAACCAGCUCAGAUGGCAAAUCCGCCACUUAAAACAAGCAUGGAAAAUAGAAAACACACACCUCUUGAUGGUGAAUGCACAGAGGAAGUUAACCCUAUGAAAAAGUCCAAACGGACCAAGCUCCAGAGAAAGAUGGUUUUGCUGGAUGACAGCGACUUAUUUGAGAGUGAGCUGAACUAUUCUGGAUUCGUCACUCUGCCGUCUGAUGUACCCGGCUUGCGCACGGAAGGAGAAAAGGGCGGAUUGGAACCUGCGACUGAAAGCACAGUAACACCGAGGGGCGGAACGAAGGCAGAAUCUAAAGGCUCGGCUCACGCAUCCCAGUGCCUAAAUUCAUUGGCAGAAUUUGUGGAAAAUAUGUCCCUCUUAGAUUACUGCUUAAAUAAUAAGGCUCAGAAACUAAAGCAAUCUUGUGAAUUUGAGGAAUUUGUUUGGACAAAAGGCAAGAUCAAAAACGGUCUGUCUGAUGAGUUUAGCGAGGAGCACCCGGAUUGGUGGAGUUCCAAAAGCUGCAGUGACCUGAAAGCAACGACGGAAGCACUGGCCUUUCAGAAAUGCUUUAAGGGUGUUUCAAAAGCCCUGCGAGGCUGUUUGGAUGGUGGAAAGGAUGGACUCAAAGAACUUACACUUCACAUUUCAAAAGAGCAGGCCGCUUUACACUUUGGGCAGUUGGGCACUAAUUCCAGCAUUCACCAAAAAGCUCAGAAAAGGCAGGAAAUAAUCAAAGCUGCCUUUUGCAGUAGAGCUCCUUUCAGCCUGAGCCACAGACAAGCCAGCAUAGUGGAAUACCUCCCUGCUCUUCGCAACAUUUGUAAGGCGGAAAAGCAGAAAGAAAAAGGAAAAACAAAAAGAAGAUUUCUCCAUUACCUUGAAGGAAUUCACUGUGAUUUUCCAAGAGAGGUCUUGAAUAGUCUGGCAGCUGAUUUUCCUUAAAGUGCCUACUAGUGCCUUUGUACAUAUAAAAUCAUUUUAAAUGUAUAUUAAAAGUGCUGUUUAUAUUUUGAUUCUAUUUAAAAACACAAGCCUGUAAAUACAAACCUGAGUGGUGCUGAACUUUUUGUACUGUACUGAAACCUACACAAGCAGUGUUCAAAUACAACUUAAGUGGGAUACUGGAUAAACUUUAUCCUUUCCGUAUGUGGUUUCUAUUUUUACGGAGCUAUUUCUAUUGCCAGUUUCACAUAUAGUCACUCUUCCAAUGUCCACAUACAUGUUCUAUUUCUUAUGAAAAUGUUAGUCGAAUGAUAACUGAAAUCUCUUGCAAUAAAACUGCCAAACUUCUUAA